CUCAUUCAUUUGUGGGUGAGCGUUGUGUGGCUACGACGGGAAGUCAGCGUCAGUCAGUUCUCUGAAGUGCUCUUGCCCUAGCGCCUGCCUCAAGCAUUCAAAGACCUGCGAACCACCAAGCCCACACCCCUGUCCAGCCGCUGCCCCUGCCUCUACUCGAUCACCCCCACCGCCCCAAUCACACACCCUCUCUCCGUACGCAGCCACAAGCUUGCCUACAUAUAUGUCACCAACACACACGCGCACACGCGUGUCAGGUACAUGAUUCAUGAGCUGUCUUGCUGCCUUGAUUUCGCUUGCUCACAGUCGGUUUGGGUGAAGUAGGGGGCCACAUUGACCUCAAAAACCCGCGCGCGCACCAAUGUGAGGGAGGAGGGGUCCGGGGCGCUGGGGGUGUCACUCGUCGCUCCACGCAUCGAUGGAGCCGCGAAGCUCUUGGCGACCGAGAACCGCACACUGUGGUGGUCAUCUUGUGGCUGGGGGACAUCGGUAGGCGCGGUCUGGGAUGCAGGUGGUGUGUGGCGGACACGCCCGUCGGUGUCGACGUGGAAGGGCCUCAUGAGGGGGAGGAACAGCGAUGCGCACUCGUGGAGGGAUAUGUCAGCCUGGGUCGGGUCACAGACAGAGAAGGGAUGGUAGAGAGAGAGAGAGAGAGAGAGAGAGAGAGGUACACUGCACGUGACGUGCAAUACGCCAAUACACCCCACCCAGCCUCCCACGCACCCGUUCUUCGAAUGAGAGCAGUGCGGGGCCCGAUGAGCCAGGAGCACUCUCAACACAAGAAGUGAACAGAUACACCCUGGCGGAUGAUAACACUCACACAUGAAUGCAGACAGGGGGAGCGGCUGGUGCGUCUGUCUGUCUGUCUGUCUCACUCACUCACUCACUGCAGUGCGUGGCGGAGGUCAUCGAAGAUGUCGCUGCCUUGCCGGUCAGGGUCCACAUACACACAAUCUGUGCCAGCCGACGUGGAGAUUUACAAGGUGCGUCCCCUUUGUGCGGCAACUACCUGAUGCGAUCAGCAGGUCGUAUGGGCGGCUUCUGCGAGAGCCGGACGAUUCAUCAUCAGUGUUGAUGCGAAAGUCAGCCGGUGAGGCCUCGUGCCACAGCAAGGGGGCCACCUCAAUGCGGCCGCUGUCUGACCACACGCACACGCACACAGUCCUGCAUAUACGAGUGUGUCCGCCUGCCUAUCGUGUUGACCCUCCCUCCCUCCCUCUCUCACCGACCAACCUUUCAGAUGCGAGUUGAGGGCCACGCUCUCUGCGAUGAGCGGCAGCACCUCCGGCCGGUCAGUCAUCCGCACUCGUCGAGCGCCCUUGUCAGCACACACCAGCCCACACACACCCGUCCCCGCCCCAAUCUCUACCACACCCACACCAUUGUCGAAGAAGCCAUCCGGCAGCCUGUCGAGCAUCAUGGUGGCGAGGCUAAUGCCCGCCUCCCACACCACCGCACCCAGGCCGACAGUGCAUGCCUUCUCCCAGUUGGUCUCCUGCUUGAUGCGGACAGACGAGGGGCCACCGAGCUGCAGGAUCUCGGCAUCCCACAUGGGGUUGCGGGUAAGCGUGAAGGACGCAGUCGUCGACAUGCACCGACUCGGACUGCGGCUGCUCGGCCAGCGAGGGAACGGGAGUGCCAGAGGUUUUGCUGGCUGCGGCAGAUGUGCGUCGAGGGGCAUUGGCUGCGGCCUCAGGCGUGAGCAGCAGAUCUGGUGGCGGAGCUGCGCAGCGUACGAACGGGCCGACAGAAGACGCUGACUCAUCUCCAUCCUCCGGCGCGGCAGAUUUCAGAGACGGGAUGACAUUCAGAGGUCACGACGUCG